AUGCUUUCCCCAGAAGAAUUGAGACGCAACAAGCUCGCCAGCAAACCUCUCAAGUUUUCAAUCCUCGUUUGUGGCCAGUCUUCCUCUGGAAAGAAAACUUUCAUCAACACUCUUUGCAACCAAACUGGGGUCCAUAUCAACAAUGGCACCGUUCCUGGCAUCCCCACAACUCCACAACCCUCAUCUACCACCUUUGAUUUAGAUAUCUAUGAUAAAGACUACAUGCGCCUUGAGCAAUACACCCUUGACUUUUGUGAGCCCCCUGCCCCCCCUAUUUCUCUUAGUAUUUCCCUCACAUCAGGGUUGGGUGAAUCAGUGAAUAAUUCCAAUUCCAUCGCCAGAAUUACCGACUUCUUGGACCAACAGUAUUCCCAAGUGCUUCAAGAAGAAAUGAAGAUACGCCGCAACCCAAGAUUUCAAGACCCAAGAGUUCAUGCUGCUCUAUAUUUCAUUAAUCCUACGUCUCAUGGUUUGAAACCAUUAGAUGUUGAGCUCAUGAAGGCACUAAGUGGAAGGGUAAACUUAGUUCCUGUGUUGGGUAAAGCCGAUACUAUGACCAAGCACGAAACUAUAGUUAAUAAGUUGAAAAUAAUGAGAGAUAUUAAAAACAAUAAUAUUAAGGUUUACGACUUUGCAAAUGGUGAAAACAAUAGUGGUGGCGUCGAGGAGCAAGAAUCUAAUGAUAACGAUGAUUCAAGUUAUUUGAACGAUAUCUUACCAUUCACAGUCAUUGGUAGCAAUGCAACAAAAGUUGAUUUGAGUGGGAAAACUUGCCACAUUCGAAAAUAUUUUUGGGGAGAAAUUGAUAUUGAAGACCCGGAAAUUUGUGACUUCAGAAGAUUGAAGAACAUAUUGUUUGGGUCUCAUUUGGAAGAGUUCAAGGAUGUUACUCAUGACGUAUUGUAUGAGAGAUUCAGAACCGAGAAGUUAAUUUCACAGAAUUCGUAUAAUGAAGUUUCUGAAAAACUAUAA